GUUGGUCUCCAUGGUAACCAGUCCCGUGACUUGGCCUAUCCCGGAAACGGAAGUGCUGUCCGUGCUUCCUCUGGUCAUGUGACGGAGAAGAGUUGUGUGUUGGUCUCGCAAAGCUAGUCCCGACCGGACAUGGGCUGUUGCUAUAGCGGGGAGGCGGAGACCGGCAAGGGGGACCAGGGUGAGAGAGAACAUCUGUUACCCCCCAACCAGAACCUUCCAAACAGAACGCCAAAUGGAUCGGAGCCCAAUUCUACAAGUAACCCAUCGGCUCGGACGGAUGAGCAGGCCCUGCUGUCCCGUAUCCUGGCUAGGACAGCACAGAAUAUUAUUGAUGUAUCGGCUGUAGAAUCCCAGGGGAUGGAACAGCAUGAAUGUAUGGACAGGGCAAAGCAGUACAGCACAAGACUAGCCAAGCUCAGCAGUAAUCUGACGCACUGGAAGAAGGUGCCACCUCUACCCUCCCUAACGGCUCAGCCACACCAAAUACUCGCCAGCGAGCCUGUGUCCUUCACAGAUAUACAGCAGGUUUCAAAGAUAGCAGCUUACGCCUUCAGUGCACUUUCACAGAUCCGCGUGGAUGCCAAGGAGGAUCUCGUUGUACAGUUUGGGAUUCCAUAAUCCCUCCGCACUCCUUCCUCUCCCCUAUCUCCUCCUCCGCCUGGUUCCCUGGGAAGCACUCAUAAGCCCUUGCGUGCCCCGCACAGUCUCUCCGCAGACCCCUCCUAUUACCUCCGGGACGUCAGACUUUCCUCUCGCGCUGGUUAAUGUGUGUCUGCCUCUGCAGGGAUCUCGUACAGAUAAUCAGAGUUCUUGCUGAUCCGCCGUUCAGCAACGCGUUCAGUUAACCCUUUCCUGUUGGUAUUGGUUCUGAUAGCCGGGCUAAAGUGCUAAUAAUGCUGUACUAAUUCAUAUGACUGCACACAGAUGUAUACGGUCACAGAUUGAGGCCCCGGGGUUAGUGGGAUAGCCCUCUGUGACUUGUCAUGGUGUCUGUGGUCAGUAUAGAUUACUCUCCAUAUCCUGAUACGUCUCUGCCCAGGCUUUUCCAUGCACUAAUGUGGAUACUGCACAAACCUCUUGGUUCUAGGUCUAACCAGCAACCCCACUCCCCCAGCUUUCCCCAUAGCGCGGAUAGAUCAGCUUUAUGCACUUCACCAGUUGUGGCAUCUUCAGUGCAUACAUCGGAGGCAGCCGUUCUGUGGUUCACUACCAGCUAGUGACCUCUUAAGAGGCACUAAUUCUGUGCUGCCUCCCCUGUGUGCAUAUAAUAGGUCCCCGUUUCAUGUGUCAUUACAUCAUUGUGGGUUCCUGUUUCAGAGCAGCGCGCCUGGGAAGUGUCUGUUUAUAGUCGCAACAACCCACAUGUUCAAAGCUCACACGGCUUAAUCGUCAGCUGCCAACUUAAUAGACUGAAUCCGGAUAGUUUGUUUCCUUUUAUAUAAAUUGGACAUAAUUGUAUGAAGUGGGUGUGGGAUGAACGGCGUGAGACUUGGCGUUGGCACCCUCUUUUACCUUUCUUUUUUAUUGUUUCCUGACACUGUAGAUUAAAUUUAUUCCUCGAUGA